CACAGCGCCAAUUCAAACUCCCACGAAACUCCUAUGACAUACCAAACAGCCUAACUCAGUAUUUCCUUGGUUUUCUUUUUUUUUUCCCCUCAUCUCUUUUCCAGACGAGGCUGCCAUAUUCCACUCCUAUCGCAGCCAUGUCUUCUGGGGACUCCAACCCCAACCCGAAACCCAAACCCUUCUCCAUAUCGCUCUCCUCCACUUCGCAAAAUAAGAAGCUAUCCCCACCAUCUUCGACAUGUCCUACCAAAUCCACAAAUGGCCCCUCCUCCAAACCCACAGCUGAAUCCCUCCCCCGCCGCCCCCGCACAUUCCAAGCCCAUGACUCCGAUAACGAUGACAGUAGUAUCGAAGGACCCGUCGUGGAAGAAGUGACGGGCUUCGACCGUGAAGCUGGUGGCGCCAUAAGUGCCCAUAGACGCGCAGAGCAGGAGAAGAAACCCCUUGUUAUUAAAGUUGAGAGCAAGAAUAAUUGGCAGGAGAGGCCGUGGCAGCGGAAGAGGAAAGGGUUGAAUUUGUUGCCAGCGGAGGUUAGGGCGCAGAGAGAGGCGGAGGCGAGCGGUAUUGCUUCUGCUGAUGCGACGAGAGAGGUUGAGGGCCCGAGUAUGAAAUUUGGGCUGAGCCUUGCAGAGAAAUCGGAGGGAGCGGGGGGAGAUGGCGAUGUGAGGAUGGCGGACGCUGGUACUGUAGAAAAGGAAAUGGAAAUGGAGGACAAACAGCCGGACGGGGAGGAGGAGGUACCGCAAAAGCCCUUAACGCAGGAUGAGAUUGCGAUGCAGGCUCUUAUACGUGAGAGCAAAGGGGACGGCGGAGAGCCAACGAGGCGAUCAGACCUUGUUAUCUCGGGGAAGAGGAAAGUGCGGGAUGGGGAUGAAUAUGAAGGCUAUGGUGGGGAAGAGGAGCGGUUCGAUGAGACGAAAUCAUUCCGUGCUGAUGUUGCGUCGCGGCCCGAACCGGCUAGUUUGGCGGCCUAUAGUGCCAUUCCUGUCGAGGAGUUUGGGGCCGCUUUGCUACGAGGUAUGGGAUGGAAAGACGGAGAGCCUAUUGGCAGGGGCAAAUAUGGAAAUACGAAUGCGAGGGCUACGAAGCCUCGCAUAACAGAGAGGAGACCUGGGUACCUAGGCAUCGGAGCCAAAGAACUUCCGGGGAAUGAUAAGAGCGGCAGUGGUUCUGAAGUUGAGUUGGGCGCUUGGGGGAAAUCAGCCAUGAUGAAGGCUAAGAAGCCUGGUGAAGGUCUUUAUACCCCUGUCCUCAUGAGGAACAAGAAGACGGGGGAGAUGAUAACGCAGGAGGAGUUUAAUCGACUGGUUAAGCACAGCAGAUCUGAAGGGACCAAGAAGGGCGCGGAGGAUAGCUGGCGUGAAAGGAGGGACAGGAAUUUGCAGUUGCAUGGGAGAGAUAGAGGUCCGGAUCGAGAUCGUCGUUCUGAAAGGGAUGAUGAUUUCAGUAGCGAAAGCGACGAUGGGUAUAAACGUCGAAACGGGAGUGGAACAUCCGGAGAUAAAGACGGAGCCAGAGAUAGGAGGAAACGAUAUAAAGAUCGUGAAGCGGAUGCAAUUGACAGUGGGCUGGAUGAUCGGUACCACGGGGACCGCAGAAGUGACCAUAGCGAUCGGGAUCGGAAAUACAGAGGUAGCAGGAAAUCAUACGAUGACGAUUAUGAUUAUGGCGGUGACUACAGAUCCCGGCCUUCAUCUUCAGCAUCUGGACCUGAUCGCUCUGCAGCCAGAGACUCGCGUCGGGACAGGGAUAGGCCCUCGACAAGUGACAAAAGGGACCGCUAUGAUAGAGAUAGAGAUGACAGCAGGAAGAGUCGGUCGCGCCGUGAGGAAGUGUAUUAAAAUGCAUACAUAGAUACCCACUUAAAAGUUUCGGUUUAGCUUAUUUUGGAUGUAAUAUAGAAAAUGUCCAUGCAACAAUAACGGUACAUACGAAACUCUUGCGUUCCUAUAUUAUAUAGGCUAAAAUUCGUUUAUAAUUCCCCUUUUUAACUCCUUGCAUCAAUGGACAUCCCGUUGCCCGUCUAAUUUUCAGUAAUGCCCGCGAACAUUUAAAAAGCCAGCCUUCUAUAUAUAAUAAUACAUCCAAAAGGCAGCCCAACUCACA